GUGUCGCUUCCAUUCUACAUGAUCAUACUAGUGAUACAUGGCCAAUCAUACGGGACAUGCGUCCGACGCGAACCAAACUCUGCCAUGCAUUCUCGGUGAUACGUCAAUCGUAUGUACCUCCGCCGUGGUCGAUAUAGAUCGGCGAGAUCGCUUCUCUUCCUCAGUGGCGCCCUUAUAAGAUACCAUGUCCAGCCCAUGCUCCGGUUAUAAUCCGACCCAUCACACUUUCCCCGCAGUGCACUAUGCCUGCGUCGCUGUGGGCCCUACACAUCAUCGCUUUUCUUUGCUUCUGGAGAGCGCCCUCUGUACUGGCCGACAACCCAAUAUCGCCAGGUUUCCCCUACGGCUCUGAAAAAGUUCGUGGAGUCAACCUCGGUGGCUGGCUCGUCCUUGAGCCUUGGAUUACUCCCAGUCUCUUUGAUGCGACAGGAAACGCGAACAUCGUUGACGAAUGGACCUUUGGCCAGCUGCAAAGCAAAUCCACCGCAACUGCCGCUCUACAGAACCACUGGAACACGUGGAUCACCGAGAGCGACUUCGCUGCCAUUGCGGGGGCAGGACUGAAUCAUGUGCGACUGCCAAUCGGGUACUGGGCGUUCGACGUUUCGGGGGGCGAACCUUACAUUCAAGGACAACUACCAUACCUCCAGAAAGCGGUGACUUGGGCAGGCAAUCAUGGGCUGAAGCUGAUAGUCGACCUCCACGGCGCUCCCGGAAGCCAGAACGGCUUCGACAACUCGGGACACAGAGUGUCUUUUCCUGAAUGGCAAUCCAACUCGGACAACGUUCAGCGCACGGACAACAUCAUCAAGACGCUGGCAGACAUGUUCAAGGAUCAGACUAACGUCGUAACAACAAUUGCUCCGUUAAACGAACCGGCCGGGUUCGAUGGUGACGAUAUACUGUCGGUUGUACGGCAGUACUGGUACGAUUCGUAUGGUAACAUCAGAUUUCCAUACGGCUCUUCCCAGCAAAGCAACACCCUUGUGUUGCUGCAUGAUGCGUUUCAACCCCUCAGCUAUUGGAGUGGCUUUCAGACGCCGCCAAACUGGCAAGGAGUCGCGAUGGACACGCACCUGUAUCAGGUCUUCUCCGAUGCGGAAGUUGCAAUGUCGCUUCAAGAUCAUAUUAACACAGCGUGUUCCAAGGCAUCCUCUUUGUCUUCGUUCGAUCUCUGGGCAAUCGUCGGAGAGUGGACCCCGGCAUUCACGGACUGUGCCAAGUACUUGAACGGGCGUGGCAUCGGCUCUCGAUAUGAUGGGUCUUUCAGUGGCGAGGCUGCCGUCGGAUCAUGCUCCGGGAAGACUGGCAGCGGCUCCUCCUUCAGCUCAUCGUACAAGACGCAACUUCGUCAAUAUUGGGAGGCACAGGCGCAAUCAUACUCUUCGGGAGCUGGUUGGAUUCAAUGGGCGUGGAAAGCGGAGAACGCCGACGAUUGGUCAUAUCAGGCUGGUCUCCAGUACGGAUGGAUCCCGCAGAACCCGACAAAUUAUCAAUACCCAAACAUAUGUGGCUGAGAGUGCCGUGGGCCUUGAGGCUUGCGUUGAACAUGGUCGCGAACGCACAUGGUGUUAUACUGGCAAGGAGUGGCUAUGCCUUGCUGUUGUACAUGAAUUCCUUGGUUGUAACGAUGUCGUUAGUUUGAAGGGGUUGUCCGAGUGACAACGACAAAUGACGUUGACGUUGAUCACCUCGUUGAAAUGCGAGACCGUG